UGUGUUAAAUGACAAAUUGAUGACUGACAAAUGCUGAUCCUUUGGUUUUGACUUGGCGGGUUUGCUUAGUUUGCAUAUUUUUGUAGGCUGUGGUUUGCUAUUUUGUUUAUUGAUUUUGAAUAAUUGUAAAUUGUUGGUAGAUUAAUUGUAGUUUUUUAAUUAAAUUUCAUUUUAAAAUGACAUCCGACGAAUCGGAUGAUGAACCACUAUCUACAUUAGCGGCAGCUAAAAAGGAAAAUCCUGAACAAUUUGAAGAUGAGGAACAGUCGAAGACCCAAAGCGAAGAUUCCGACAGUGAUUACGAAGUGCCAAAUAAGAAAAAGAAGAAGACUAAGAAAAAGAAAAAGGCUCCGGCAGUAAAAAAGCUAGGCGUAACUAUCAAGAUUAAUCGCAAAUUGAACACUAUAGUCGUCCCACCGGUGAUAGCAAGGCCCGCCGAUGUGUGGCUUUACUUGAAAGAUCUGAACCCAGCUGGCCCUUACAGCUGCCUGCUGUGCCCAGACUGGUUCAUAAAUCGGUCCAAAAUGAUACUUCAUUACGCUUUGAACCAUAAGAAAGACUUUUGUGGUAUUUGCAGAUACUUUGUACCCGAUCGAGAGGCCUGGUAUGCACAUGAAAAAUUUCAUAUACCGUGGCCAUGCUCCCAAUGUGUUGAAACAUUUCCAUCUGAAGGACCAUUACGGAUCCACUUUCAAGCAGUACACAACUUAGUACACUGCCGCCUAUGUCACUUCAGAGUCUCAGCCGAUGCUGAUUAUAACGCACAUCUAUUCCAAAAACAUGGUGUGACAAAUGUUGCAUCAAAGGAUGAGGAGUUUUUCUGGGAAAUACUACCAGACAACCCAGACAAGUUUAUUUGCUUGCUAUGUGUUAAAACUGAAAGCAUAUCUCCAUAUAGUGUCACAACAUUCUUUGGUCAUUAUAUGGGUAUCCAUCACUUCACUCUAAAGUGUAUGGCGAAUAUAUUGGCUGGGAGAGAUACACCUUUUUUAGUUAAUGGCGCUGAAGUCAGUGACCGUUUCCUUCAACAACAACUCAAGGAUUACGGACGGCUUGGGUAUGUAGAUCUAGAACCAAAGAGUCUUAUACCAUCUCAGGAGCAUAUAGAUUAUAAACCUGAUGAAGUAGUAAUACCAGAGGUCAAAGAGGAAAACCAUAGUGAGACAGAUGAUAAAGUAGAAAAGGAAAAUGAAAUUGAAGUGAGUGAGAAAGAUGAGAACAGUCAAAAUGAUGAAACCAGUCAAAACGAUGAAACAAUUGAUUAUAAAGGAGAGGAAGACUUUGAUAUAACACACACUGAGGUUAUUUUACUCGAAAAAUGUUAUUAUGACUAUAUAAAUAACUCUCUCAGUUAUAUUAAUGAUAAAAUAGUACCUGAAGUCUCCCAUAUAGACUAUGAAAAGAUAAAAGGUGACAUAGAUAUUGAUGUUGAAUGCUCGCUUUGCAAAAGUAAAUUCGAAAAUGCCCAUUGUUUCAUAACACAUUUGAGUAAAAUGCAUAGUGUUAAAACAUUGCCUCUAUUCUCGUGUCGAGUGUGUGCAACAACUUUCGACACUUAUGCAGAUUUGACCAAACAUAUAUCCGAGGAACUAGGUGACUUUGAAGACUUGUGGAUAUGUCAAUUUUGUGACAAGGAAUUUGAUAAUAGAGAACAGACUAGAACCCAUUUAACCGAGCACUGGGCAUCUUUGGAUUACGAUAACUGUUUUAGUCCACAUUUAGGAUUCAAAUGUAAAUACUGUCCAACAUUAUUUUGGAAUGAAACAGAGAGGGAAACGCAUCAAAUGAGAGUGCACAUCAAUAAAUAUAAGGAUGAAUUUUAUAAAUGUGAGAUUUGCUCUACAACGUUUAGUGAUAAGGUAUGGUACAUCCACCAUCAUCUAGAAAAUCACAUAAAUGAAGGAGAACAGCCAGUCUAUCUAAUAAAGUGUUGCCUUUGCUACAUUGUGGAGCCUAGCUUCGAUAAUAUGAGAAGCCAUUUCCAGGACCAACAUCCUGAAAUCAGAAAACUGUAUUGUUCCUUAGACGCUUGUAUGUUCAAGCCGUUGAGUCAUCGCAAGUCCUUCAAAUUACAUGUCAAGAUGAUCCACGGACCGUCAUCUAAGGCCGACAAGCCAGUGAACUGCACCAUAUGUGGCCGCGAGUUCGUCAGCGCUCGUUCAUGCAGCACCCACAUGACACAGGUGCAUGGACCGGGCAAGUUCAAGUGCAAACUGUGCAAGGAAAUGUUGCAGACCACUGACGAGAGAAAACUCCACUACCUUCUGUGCCACCCGGGUCACCAUCCGUUCGAGUGUUCUGUGUGCGGAAAGUCGUUCCAGUACAAGUCGUCCCUCUACAUGCACAAACAAGAACACCAACCGAACAAGCAGAACUUCACUUGCAGUUAUUGUGGGAAAGUGUUUUCGAAAAAGGAUUCCUACCGCGAGCACGUUCAAAUCCACGAGGGUCCCCGACACGCGUGCUCGUAUUGCCCCAUGCGGUUCGUUCAGCGCUCGAACAUGUUGCGUCACGAGCGCCGGCACACGGGCGAGCGGCCCUACCGCUGUACGCAUUGCCCUCGCGCCUUCGCGGACAAGGGCGCUUGUACCGCUCAUACCAGGACACAUGUGCGAGACACAUCAUACGCCUGCCUCUACUGCGGGCAGACGUUCGUUCAGAAAUCUAAGCUUACCUAUCAUAUAAGGAAACAUACUGGAGAGAAUUUGGAGUCGUGUACUGUCUGCUCGAAGGUGUUCACGAGCGCAUGCGCACUGCGAGAGCAUAUGAAGACCCACGUGGUAAAGAAGGAGGUGGUGAAAUGCCCACUAUGUGAUAAAAGCUACCAAGAUGAGCGUUACAUGCUACGUCAUCUCAGGACCAUGCACACCCGGGCGCAGUUCUCUUGCCCGCUUUGCCAAAAGCUACUCACCAGUGCGGCCGGUCUGCGGCAUCACGUCAUUACGCACAGCAAAAUCAAUACGUUCCGGUGUAAAUGCUGUCCCAAAACGUAUGCCGUCAAGAGGACAAUGUUAAAGCAUCUACGGAAACGUCACGGCCUCAGAGGUACGGAGGUCGACCUGAAAGAUUUCUACAACCGCAUUGAGCCGAGGGAUUGCAAACUCAACCUUGACGAGACGACCAUGACCAGUAUAUUCGGACCCGCCAAAGUAAAAGUUCCCGAAAUAUUGAUUAGCGAUUUCGUCAAUUUUGCGAACCAACCGAAAACUGCCGAUAAUGCGGCGACAGAUGACGGGGACGAUUCCGAGGACAAUGAAAACGAUGACAAUGAAGCGUCUGAAGCCAACGAGAGUGACAAGGACAGCAACGAUGAGAAAGAGAAGGAGCCACAGAUAAAACAGGAAGUUCAGAGUGGUGACGAAGAAUUGGAGCCCACUGACUUUGUGAGUGUCAAAAUUGAACCAAUGGAUGAAGAGCAUGAAUAAUUUACAGUGCAGUUUGAAGAGUGAUUUGAGCUAUAAAGUGUUAUUUGGAGUAGUUUGAAAAUUUGUGUGAGAUCAGAAACUAUGAUAAUUAAGCAUAAUUUGCUAUAGUCAGCGAAAACAGGAGAAUCUGUAACCAUACGAAUUCUUCAUUUUUUUAGUUUAUAUUUCAUAAUUUUCAUGGAUUUACGCAUAGUAACGCCUGCUUCUAUCAAAUAUUAAAAACUUGGAAAAUGUAAAAAGAAGAAUAAAUUAUCUUGAGAUGUUUUCGUAUAAGCCUUUGGCAUGCAUUUCUGACCGUUGGAGCGUUAUGUAUCCUUGGAACCUAGACUUGUUUAAGAACGAGUCGAAGGCAUCAAGCAUACGUAAGUAGUAGAGGUUUUUGUGACAGAACUCGUCCGGGGUAGUACUUCCACUAUGGUUAUCCCUGCUUCCAAGCAGCAUUGCUGUGUUCCAGAGUGCAGAGGACUUCCAGGAGUAAAAGUGGGUUCCCACUUGACCAGAUCCAAGGCAAUAAGCAUCUUUGUGAAAUUUUUGACUCGUAGUGAAUUUGUUAUGGUGGUAGUAUUUCCUUUAUGUUAAUGAUUAGUUAGACUAAAUAAAAAAAACCUAAGCAGACAAAAUAUUUGACAUUUAUUUUGAUUGAAAAAACAUAUGGGGAUUGCCCACAGUAAGAGCUUUCUUGGAGGUAUCAUAGCGAGCAGACUAACUUAAGCUUUAUAACAUCACAUCUCAUCUUAAGCUUUAUAAUAUUACAUCUCUUACUUAUCUUUUAUUGUAAACAUUUGUUACUUUUCGUUUCGUUAGUGUAAAGUAUGUUAUAAAAAAUUACAAAAAAUUAAAAUACCUCAAAGAAAAAUGGUUUUGCUUAUUAAAUAAAAUAAAUCUUAUAUAAUGCUAUGCUAAUGUCAUUAUUUAGGAUACAUGGUUGGCUGAUCGUCAAUAGAGGUCAUAAUUAUUAUUAUACUUAAAUCUCCAUAGUUCUUAAAUACUAUAGUAUAUAGUGGUGUUUCAUUUAUAUGUUCGUUUUAGCAGAUUUAUGUAUAAGUAAUGAUAUAAUAUAAGACUAGUUUAAAAAUUUUGAUAGACCAGUAAU